UCACUUUCGAAUCAGGUUUUAUUCCACUGCAAGAAAACCAGGAAGCAGAGGGACUUUAAAACAAACCAAAAAAAACAAAACAAAAAAAAAAAAAAACAACAAUUAGGUUUCAUGUUCUAAUCGGAUCAUUAUAAAUGAGGUGUAGACGGAGUUGAAAUGUAUCCAAGACUGUAGCCUAUUUGAACUUGAACUGAACUGUUGUCGGUGCGAUAUUAAUUUAAAUUCUGAAAGUAGCUGGGGUUGGAACACUGAGGAAACUGAAGGACGAGUUAAGUAUAGCAGUUUAUACGGGAGUCUAGCCUUUUUAGGUUGGUGGUGGGGGCACUUUCAUAACAUGAGUCUCCAGCCACGGCGGAUGCGUCUGAAACCCUGGCUGAUUUCCCAGGUGAACAGCGGGAAGUACCCUGGGCUGCAAUGGUUAGACCAUGAGCAAACACACUUCCAGAUACCCUGGCGACAUGCUACCCGCUACGCCCCCAUGCAAGAGGACGAGAACACCGUCUUCAGGGCCUGGGCUUUGGAGACUGGGAAAUACCUGGAAGGUGUGGAUGAGCCCGAUCCAGCCAAGUGGAAAGCGAACCUGCGCUGUGCCCUCAACAAGAGUCGCGAGUUUAAACUGAAGUACGACGGGACAAAGGAAACCCCUGUUGAGCCUUUUAAAAUAUACGAGGUGUGCGACCAGCAAUGCAAUGAUGCAGCCGAAGAGGAGGAAGAGGAGCUUCCAAACCUAGGUGGCCUCUCUAUUGCCCCCACCAGUUUCUCAUCUUAUCCACCAUUCAAGCAGGAACUGCAGUUCGACCCCUGUAUGAAUGGAACCUUUAUUCCUUGCAGUCUUCCCGCAAUGGAGCCAAUGCCUUGCAACAUCACCACCAACCCCAAUGGCAAUCUUGGUAUAAGAGAUGGUUCUUACCAAACUGUGCCUGUGACUGCUAGUAACAUGCCUUUGCCAGAACAUACAGUGGGAAACCUCGGACAUGGAGGCUUUGCACAUGCCAAUACCCCGGCUGGUCAUGUAGAUAUGGAACAUGGAACCAUUCCUGCAGAAACACUUCCUCAAGUAGAAGUACCUCCACAGCUGUGUAUUAACGAUCUGCUCAUCAGUCCACAUAUGCUACCAUUGACAGAUUUAGAACUAAAAUUCCAGUAUCGUGGGAAGCAAGCUGGGACCUUGACUGUAAGUAACCCCCAGGGCUGUCGUCUGUACUAUGGUAACUUAGAGCCCAUGCCAGACCAGGUGGAAUUGUUCGGGCCUGUGACGUUGCAGCAGGUGCUGUUCCCUAACACAAUGGAAAUUCCCAACGAGAAGCAACGUUACUACACCAACCAGCUACUGGACGUCAUGGACAGAGGCCUCAUUCUGGAGAUCCGCGGACAGGAUAUCUAUGCCAUACGCCUUUGCCAGUGUAAGGUAUACUGGUCUGGACCAGCAGUCUCGGAGGAAGCUGGGCCCAAUCCUAUCGAGAGGGAAAAGAAGAUCAAAAUAUUCAGCUUGAACGACUUCCUUCAUGGACUGAUCCUGUAUCAGAAAGGAGAAACUAACGCCCCACCUCCCUUUGAAAUAUACUUCUGUUUUGGGGAGGAUUGGCCAGACAGGAAACCAAAAGAGAAAAAGCUUAUUAUUGUCCAGGUUAUCCCUGUGGUUGCUCGCAUUCUGACCGAGAUGUUUUCUGGUGAACUGUCCUGGUCAACAGACAGCAUCCGCCUGCAGAUCUCCAAUCCAGACUUGAAAGACCAGACAGUGGAGCAGUUCAAAGAGCUUCACCGGAUCUGGCAGAACCAACAGACUCAAGGGCAGUGGGGCGUGCAGCAACCAGAUCUUCACUAAAGAACUGAAUACACUUGACAACAAAGAGCUCUUAAAAACUCAUAUAUACUGAUGAUCGAUGUGUAGUAGAGAAGGAUAAAAACAAUUGAACAUAAGCCAUACUGAUCCAAAAGACUUAACAGAAAGAAGAAACGAAAAACAGUAUGUGCUGAACACAUUGGCAGAUCAGCAUGGCUUGCCUUUUGUAAUCAUUUUAAAGCACGACCCUCUUUUGGCACUAAUUGUUUUGCCACUUCAUUUUCUGAAUUUUAGAUGAUGGAUUGAAAGUGUUGAAAUCAAGAAACUUGAAAUUUGUGGGCAGUCUGCAUAUAGCUAAGUCCGCACAAGCUUGAUUUUAAAAAAAAAAAAAAAAAAAAAAAAAAGGUGUAGCAACCUUGAGGACAACAAAUGGAUGAAGUUAUGAACUUUAUUUUUUUUAAUAAUGUUACUUGCCUCCAACAAGUGAUAACCAGUGACGUGUAAAGGAUGAUGAUAAUUAACCAUCUGCUAGUAUUUUUAGUGCCUGAUAUGUUCAAAGUCUCAGGUCUGAAUUUGUUUCUGUCGGCUGCUGCAAUUAACAAGCUUAUUUUACUCAUUAAAUUAUUCCUUUAAUGGUGCAAUAUUAAGAUAUAGUUUGGUAGGGUGGAGGGUAUCUGUAACUAUUUAAAUUCAGAAACAUUAAAAUUAAUUGUGACAAGAGUAAAAGACGACACUGCCUACAUUUCAAGAAUGUGAUCCUUUUUUAUUUUUUUUUUCUUGCCAACAGAUUUACAUUUGGAAUUCACUGAAUCGUAGAAAUUAAAUAACUUGAAAUGAACUAA